CGCGCGCGUGAUCAAACCCAGUCACUCUCCUCUCCGUCUCUGAAACGCGACGGCCACCGGCGAACCUUUCUCCCUCUCUGUAACGUGCCGGCGAUCGUUUUUCAUCGUUUGAGCCUGUGUUCUUGGCUGCAUUUAUUCGGAAAAAGGAAGGGAUUGGAGUAUUGGUUUCAAUACUGUUUUGUUUCCAUCUUAGGUGUUUGUAAAACUUUUGGAGUAGUUUUGGGAGGUUUUUUUUUGUCUUACUGUGUUGGUGGAUCAUUAGUGACUGUGGUUGAUUUAGUUCGCUUAUGCUUUCCCUUUUUCUUUGUGAGUUGGGAUCCUCAUUUUGCAGGUUUUGACAAAACAAAUCUGAGUGAGCUCUAACGAUGGCUCCUGUUGCUGCUCGAUCUGGUGAUGCGAUAUUUGCUAACAUCGAACGUGUUAAUGCGGAGUUGUUUACUCUGACGUAUGGGGCAAUUGUGCGACAAUUGCUUACAGAUCUUGAAGAGGUUGAGGAAGUCAACAAGCAGCUAGAUCAAAUGGGUUAUAAUAUUGGCAUCCGUUUGAUUGAUGAGUUUCUGGCUAAAUCUAAUGUAUCAAGAUGUGUUGAUUUCAGAGAGACAGCUGAUGUUAUUGCAAAGGUUGGUUUUAAAAUGUUCCUCGGUGUUACCGCAUCCGUGACCAAUUGGGAUGCUGAAGGGACUACUUGUAGUAUUGUUUUGGAGGAUAAUCCUUUGGUCGACUUUGUUGAGCUUCCGGAUAACUAUCAAGGUCUGUACUACUGCAAUAUAUUAAGUGGAGUCAUUAGAGGAGCCUUGGAUAUGGUGUCAAUGAAGGCAGAGGUCACAUGGCUACGUGAUGCGCUUCGAGGUGAUGAUGUGUUUGAGUUGCAAGUAAAACUUCUCAAGCAAGUUCCAGAAGAGUAUCCGUAUAAGGAUGAUGAGUAAUAUGUUUUGUAAUGUUGUACUUCAUAAUUUCCUAAGUGUUAGAUUAUUAUAUUUCUGCCUUAGCUUUGACAGUGGACUUGGAUCUAUCCUUAUUUCUAAGAGUCCUAUAAAUUCUUGAAACUGUUCUUGUUCUCUUCACCAUCCUUGUUAUUAUGGGCAUGAGGCAUGCAUUUCACACCUAUAGAAUAUAUUAUAUGAUUAGCCAACACAUUUCG